AUGCAGCGUGCUCCGGUGACAGUUGAGGAACAAUUGUUGGAAAAAGCGAUUGAGGAAGAAUGCGCGUGGGAGAAUCUUCCCAGGCGACUUCAACCAAUUGUGCCUUCAAAGGAAGAAUGGCACAAAAGGAUUAUUGAAUGCUGCAUAAAGAAGAGGCUUAAAUGGAAAAGUUGUUUCGCUCGUAAAGUUUGUAAAGAAAAUGAAUAUUAUGAAGAUAUGAUGCGCUACUUGCGGAGGAAUCUAGCUCUAUAUCCUUAUCAUCUAGCGGAGUAUGUAUGCCGUGUAAUGAGAGUAUCAUCUUUCAGAUAUUACUGUGAUAUGAUAUUUGAAGUAAUGAAAAAUGAGCAAUCGUAUGACCGCAUCCCGAAUUUUAGUGCUGCAGAUGCUUUAAGACUUACAGGAAUUGGAAGAAAUGAAUUUAUUGAUAUAAUGAACAAGUGCAGAUCCAAGAAAAUAAUGUGGAAACUGAACAAGUCAAUAGCAAAAGAACUUUUGCCUACUCAACCUGUGGAUAUUCCUGUUGAACCGUGGUGGGGUGUUUGUGUAGUGAACCUUACCUUGGAGGAAUUUAAGAAACUCUCUAAGGAAGAAAUGGCCACAAUAGACAAAGUCUGCAAGGAGGAAGAAGCAAAUUCAUUUUCCACGUUUGAGCCUGACAUUGUAAGGGGUCUUUGCAGACGGGGACUGGUGUAUUUUGAUGUUCCUGUUUAUCCCGAUGACAGGUUUAAAGUUUCCAGGCUUGAAGGUUUUGUUUCCAACAGGGAGCAGUCUUAUGAAGAUCCUAUUGAAGAGUUGUUGUAUGCAGUUUUUGUAGUUUCAAAUGAAAAUGCAACAGUUAGUGAGUUGGCAACAACCCUACAGGCUGACUUGUCACAACUGCAGGCUGCUGCCUCCUUUGUGUGUCGGUUGGGAUGGGCAACAAAAGUAAUGGAUCCAGAAUCUAUUAUUGGAGAUUCAAGUAUACUUGCUUCUCCUACAAGCCUAGUCAAUGACGAAGAUACUUCUUUAGGCAGUCAAGGUUCUGAGAACAUGCUUUUCGAUAAUGACUCCACUCCACAAGGCGAUACUCCAGGUUCAGCGACCCAUGGACCUCGUUCUGCCUACACUCGUGUUGCUUUCAUAGUUGAUGCUAAUAUUACAUCCUAUCUUAUGAUGGGAUCUGUUUCACCAGGGCUGAAAUCCCAUGCCGUUACACUCUACGAAGCAGGGAAACUUGGCCAUGCCAGCAUUGCUGAUCUUUGCAAGGAUCUUAGUACCCUAGAGGGUGCAACUUAUGAGGGAGAACUACAGGAGUUUGCAAAUCAUGCAUUUAGUUUGCGAUGUGUCUUAGAAUGUCUACAAUCAGGUGGAAUAGCUACCAAUAAGAAGGAAGAGGGAGGUGUUGAUAAGCUGAGUAUGAUUACCUCAAGCAAUGACGAGUCAAGUUCUUCUGUGAUAUCGGAAAUCUCUUGGGUUGAAAAUUCAGGAAACUCGGGGGUUACAGAAGCUGUGAUAAAUAAUGAGGAUUCAGAGAAUCUUAUGGAGGCUGCUGUUUGCACUGAACCUGUUCCUUGUAGUUUGGAUGAUGAAACUCAUUCUAUUACUUCGGAAGAUGGUGGUAGUCACUUUCAGGAAGCUGAUAAGUUAUCUGCAGAUUUCCAUGGCAACGAGAAACUAGCAGCAGUUGAAGGUUUAGAUGUCGGGGCAGAAAUGAUAAAAAGGAAAAAAAAAUAUCGUGUAGAGAUUCUCCGCUCUGAAAGUUUGGCUUCUCUUGCACCAGUUACUCUUAACCGUUUGUUUCUUCGGGACUAUGACAUACUUGUGUCCAUAGUGCCUCUUUCUCAUUCAUCGUUUCUUCCUAGACCCACAGGUCCAGUUCAUUUUGGUCCUCCGACAUAUUCUUCUAUGAGUCCUUGGAUGAAAUUGGUAUUAUAUUCAACCGCAGGUAGUGGGCCUCUAUCAGUUGUUCUAAUGAAAGGACAAUGUCUGCGCUUGCUUCCUGCUCCAUUGGUUGGUUGUGAGAAAGCUCUUAUAUGGUCUUGGGAUGGUUCCACAAUAGGAGGGUUAGGAAGAAAGCUUGAAGGAAAUUUAGUGAAGGGAAGUAUACUAUUGCAUUGCUUAAAUUCACUUCUUAGACAUUCGGCCGUGCUGGUGCUGCCUCUCAAUAAAUGUGAUCUUAAUGAAUCUGGAAAAGUGAUUACUCUGGAUAUCCCUUUGCCCUUAAAGAACUCUGAUGGGUCAGUUGCCUCUGUAGGAAAAGAGUUAGGACUAUAUGAAGAGGAAAGUUCUAAGCUGAAUUCUCUGUUGACUAAUUUGGCAAACAAAACGGAACUGUGGACUGUUGGUUAUAUUCGGCUACUGAAAUUAUGUAAUGGAUCAAAAUCAGACCAGUUCUCUUCCAAAGGAAAGUAUGAAUGGGUUCCUUUGAGUGUGGAAUUCGGGAUGCCACUAUCUAGUCCAGCAUUGUGCAAUCAUAUAUGUAGAAGGAUAGUUUCUUCGGAGUUACUUCAAUCUGACUCAUUUAGUGAACACCACGGUGCAAUGCAUAACUUAAGGAAAAGGUUGCGUGACAUUUGUGAUGAGUACCAAUCAACAGGUCCAACUGCAAAACUUAUUUACCAGAAAGAACAAGCUUCUGGACAACCUAUGAAUUGUGCUAGUAGAGGGUGGAAUCCACUUAUGGAUCCUUCUUCUCCCAUUUCAGGGGCAUUGAAUGCGCAUCAGAGAUUAAAACUUGCUACUCGACAACGCUGCCAAACUGAGCUGUUGAGUUUUGAUGGAAGUGUUAUUCGAUCAUACGCAAUAACUCCUGCUAAUGAAGCUGGCACAAGACCUAUUAAAGAAGCCUCUGAAGGCAAUACGAUAAAAACUGAACCAGAAGAAAUUGAUAGUAAAGAAGCAAUCCUUCCCGGUGUUAAUCUUAUUUUUGAUGGUUCUAAGUUGCUUCCAUUUGAUAUAGCUGCUUGCCUCCAGGCUCGCCAACCUAUAUCCUUAAUAAUAGAGGCCGCAGCUGUCUCAGCAUCUGUACCAAUCAAAUAG